AUUAUAGUUAGCUGUAAUUAUUUUCUUUCGAUGUUCUCAUUUCAAUUUUGUCAUUACUUCUAUCUUUUAGAGACUUAAGUUACAACAGGAUUAUUCGCAUGGAUGAAAAAGCAUUUUCUUCACUACCAUCAUUUCAUACAUUGCGACUCAACAUGAAUUUUAUCAAGGACAUUGAAAAAGAAACAUGGAUUGAUGUGGAAAGUUUGAAAAUCUUGGAUAUUGGUAAAAAUUUGGUACGUUCUAUUGGAAACAGGACAUUCUUGGCUUUCCCAGAACUAAAAGCUUUAAGUCUUCGUGACAAUUUGAUCACAUCCCUUCACGAUGAUGCUUUCCUAAACAAUACAGAACUAUCCUCUCUGUAA